CUGCAAGGGAGCUGCAAAGCAAGGCGGGCAGGUCGUACUACGGUGCCGUCGUAGCAUGGGCGUGUCUUGCUCUCAAGCAAAAGGGCGGUUGCCUCAUGCACUCUGUGUGUCGACACAGCAUUCAAGUGCUGUUUUAACGGUGAACGUGGCUGUUUCUCGAUCAACUUUGUCUCACCACCACAUGCGUAUAUGUACGGCGUAUGUGCUGGUCUUGCUUGUGUGGUUGUGCCUAUGCUUGGAACAGGCUCAGCGAAGCGGCCUGUUGCGCUCCUUCAUGGACCGGGUGUUCUCGCCCGCGUCAUCUGGCAAACGAAAGGCACAUGAGGCACCAUCUUCGUCCAGCGAGACUGCGCCAAAGACACCACGCAGCGUCGGCAUCAGCUACAUUGAGCCAGUGUCGCACAACACAAGCAUCAGCACCAGCAACGGCAAUGUCACCAGCAACCGCCUGCUGAAUGUAUCGCACCAGAGUCUGCCCCGCUUCUCCGUGGCGGCCUACCACGCUCGCGUCGAUCGGCGCGACGGGCGACGCGGCGGCCGCACCUGCGGUCGGUGCUCUGCGCCAUCGCAUUGUCCCCACGCGCACAUCCCCAACACCGGCAGCAGCAACAGCAUCUGUCACAUCAACGGCUCCCCGCAGCGGCCUGUUUCGGUUGCACCGCCAAUCCACGGAUUUGCUGCAGAGCCGGAUGCUGGCCAGCAGGCCAAGCGCGCCAAGACCACCGUUCCGCCACCACCGUCGGCAUCGUCGUCGUCAUCAUCGUCGUUUGCGCCGCCGCCCCAGGGUGAGCAGCAGAAGAAAGGCGGUGCGAGCGGGCCGUUUGCUGCUUCCAAGGGCGCAGCACACGCUCUCCUGUCUGCGCAAACACCGGCCCGCAAACCGCCGACGGAGGGAUCUGCCGCGGCCAAGUCGGCCCCAUCGUUUGCGUUUGGCGCCAAGGCAUCCAAGCCCCUGCCCACCACAUCAUCCCCAGCCACUACUGCUGCUGGUGGUAGCGGCGGUGUACAGAUGCAGUCCACCCCGAUGGUGCGCAAACCAGCGCCGGGCAUGUUUGGUGCCGCCGUAAGCAAGUCUGACACGACAUCCAAACCCUCUGCAUCUGCUGCUGCGCCCGUGUCGAAAGCAGAGACGCCGUCGCCUGCACAGAAGAAGCCCGUCUUUUCCCUCUCGCCAAGCCCUGCAGCAAAGUCACCCGCGACCACCGCUGCGACCAAGCCAGCUGCCGCCGCUGGUAGAGCAAAGGCCACGAUGUUUGGUGCCGCAAGCAAGGCGCCAGCAUCUUCCACCACAGCAUCGCCAUCCUCGUCAUCAGCAUCCCCAUUUGCUGCUGCCGCUGCGAAGUCCAAAGCUGACCAGGGCAAGAGUACGCCCGAUGCCGGCGCCGCCAAGACGACAGAGAAGGCGGCGGCCGCCAAACCGACGUUCAAGUUUGGGCAGACAAAGCCCGCAGCCGCGCCGGCAAGCAAGGCGCCCGCGGCUGGCAAGGGAACACCAACAACAACAAGUGCUGCUGCAACGUCGCCGUUUGCUGCACUCGCCAAGACGUCACCCAAGCCAGCGGCCACACCAACCUCGCCAACGACUGCCAAGUCCUCCAUGUUUGUGACCAAGAGGAAGGAAUCGCCAACACCCUCGCAAACGGCAGCCACACCACCACCACCACCACCACCACCACCAGCGAAGCCCACGACUGCUGUGCCCACAAAGCCGCAAGCUGUGACUGCUGUAACAAAGACGCCUGCAGCAUUCACGUUUGCGGCUCCAAAGCAGCUCGCAGCGGCUGCUCCUGCCUCAACAACGGCGGCCAAGCAACGGUUCACUUUCCCUGCCCCCACCCCUGCGCAGCCCGCUGCAGCGACUUCUGCUGCCAAAGCAACAGCAGUCACCACCACAACAUCAACAACAUCAACGACAGCAACGGGAGCAACCACGGCAGCUAAGCCGGCGUUUUCGCUGUCUGCGCCAAAAGUGGUGAGCCCCACAGCUGGCACUUCAAGCGCCCCCAAGUUCUCCUUCAAGCCCGCCAUGCCCGCAGCGUCGCCCAGCGGCAGCGGCAGCAGCGCUCCAUCGAAGCCCACGUUCUCCUUUGGCAAGACACCCACGGCCGCAACUGGCACAACGGCAACAGCCGCAACUGCCACAACAGCGCCUGGCGAUGGCAAGACCAGCGACGAGGCCGCCCCAACAGGCAAAGGCACAACAGGGUCACCCACAUCCAAGCCAGGUGCUUUUGGGCAGGCAGGCAAGCCCUUCAAGUUUGGGCAAGCAAGCGCUGGUGCAGGCGGGUUUUCCUUUGGCAAGAAAGCAGCAACGGCCUCCACAGCUGCUGCCACAAGCACCGAAAAGGCAAGCAGCGGGGACGACAAGGCAGGAGGUGCAGCAGCACCCGCACCCAAACCGUUUACCUUUGGCGCCAAAAAACCCGCCGCAGCAGCAGCAGCAACAACAACAACAACAACCCCAGCAUCAUCAGCAGCAGGAGGAACAAAGCCUUCUUUCCAGUUUGGAGGCAAACAACAGCAGGCGAAGGAGCAAGAAGCACCGACGCCCACAGUCAAGACCAGCGAACCCCAGGAACUAAAGAAGGAUGCACAGCCUGAGCAGAAGCAAGAUGCCGAACAGCAGCAGCAGCAGCCGUCACAGCCGUCACAGCCGUCUAGUGGCGCAGGAUUUGGGGCGCCAAAGCCAGCCACGUCGACGCCGCCCAAGUUUGAUGCGAGCAAGCCGUUCUCUGCUGUCGCUGCUUUUGGGUCGUCCUCAGGCAAACCAUUCUCCUUCACCGCGGCAGCGCCAAAGCCGCCAGCAACAACUUCCGGCACACCCGAAGCAACACAGGCCCCAGCCGCCGCAGCGGGCAAGUUUGUGUUUGGCAAGGCUGCUGCUGGUGGCGGCGGCGGCACGGGUGGCGGGUUCAAGUUUGGCGCAAACAAGCCGGCGUCAUCGGAUCAAUCGUCCACGCCCGCGUCGUCAGGAAUGGCAGUGGCGGCCCCGAAGCCGUUCCAAUUUGGCGCCGCAGCCACCAGCAGCAGUGGUGGUGAUGGCAGCAAACCUGGUUUUCAGUUUGGCAUGGCCGCGUCUUCGUCAUCGUCAUCGCAACAGCAGCAGCAACAACAACAACAACAAGGCGAUGGUGCUGCACAGGUCAGCAAGCCUGCAUUCUCCGCAACGCCCAGCUUCUCCUUCGGAAAGCAGCAGCCAGCAAGCGGCGCGAGCAAGCCCGGGUUCUCGUUUGGAGGGAGUCAGGGUGGACAGCAAUCAGGCUUUGGCGGCUUCAAGGCUGGCCAAGCACCCCAGUUUGGAGGCAACGGGUCUUCGUUCUCACCAGCGGCACCAGCAUCGUCCUCGUCCUCGUCCUCCAUGGGCCCCGCAGGCAGCGGUGGCGGAUUCCAGUUUGGCGCAACCCGCCCAAGCGCUGCACCUAUGCAGUUUGGCGGCCAGCAGCAGCAGCAGCAGUCCAUGAUGAUGACCGAUAGUGAGCCGGGUGCCAAGAAGCCAUUCUCAUUCAGCGCCAGCGGUGGUGGUGCUGCGGGCGGCAUGCAGCCGCCCCAGUUUGGUGCCAUGCAAGGCCAGUUUACAGCAGGUGGUAGUGGUGGCGGUGCGAUGCCAAAGCGCAACCUGUCGGCCAACCCGUUUGCGAGCAUGAACGUUGGCAGCGGUGGUGGUGGUAUGGGUGGUGGUAUGGGUGGUGGUGUUGGCGGUGGUCAGCAGGCGCCCGGAGCCGUGGGGUCAGCAGGGUCUCGUCGCCGCGUUGCACGUGCACGCAGGCGCCGCCACAACCCGUAG